AAUCUCUCUUAAUAAACUGGCGCAAUACGUUUUCUGGUCGCCACAAUAUGUAGCCAUCUGUCUCUUCGGAUGCCAGCAUGGGUCAGGCGCAUAGCGCUCCACUGGACGACGCAGCGCAGUUCCGUCAGAUGGUGCUAGCUACAUACCGCGGAGGCGUGAAUGCACUUCUAUCCGCUUUCCGGCCUGAGCUGCGCGGGCUGCAGAUCUCUCGAGCUACGUACUUGGAUAUCAUCAUGCAGGAACAGACACAAUUGGAGACGUUGACGGAUUCAUUAGAGCGGGAAGAGCGACUCAAUGAGCUGCAGGACGAGAAGAUGGAGUUUUUCUCGGCAGUGGAGCAGGGCAGAUUGGCUCUAGGAGACACACUCCUCCACAUUGCUGUGAGACUCGGACAUUCAGAUGUCCUAGACUUUAUACUGCUCACCGACUAUAACAAUCCACAAAAGACAAUGGUCAGGCCCGACACCGCAGCAAGCACAAUGAGCAUUCCACCUACUGUCCGUAAUACUGCAGCUACCAAUCAAGUGCCACUACCACCACUACCAAUAAACACCCCCAACUUUAAAGGUGAUCUCCCACGAGAUGUUACAGGGGACAAUUGCUCACUUCAGCUAUUGCUUGCAACGGUAGACGAUGUUCACGAGGUCUUUGGGUCGAGUUAUCGUGAAGAAGCAAAAGUUCAUCGUUUAGUGCGAUCUCUGCGCCGUAUCUGGCCAUUGUGGAUGUUCGAAGGUCAAGAAGUCGCUGCACUAGUUCGAGUGCUGUACGAUGUGCGGACUUCAGAUCCAGCUUUUGGCGGUCUUGUACGAGUGGCGAUGGCUGUUGCGGAACGCUUUCGAGUGGCUGUGUCAAGGGAUGGUAUUCAUCUAGCAAUGUCUCUAUUAGCUGGAUGUGACGGAGAUCUUCACCAGGCACGACAAAAGCUGACGAAGGAGUGGAAUGUUGAGCGCAAAUCUCAAGCACUCACGACAAUUUUUCAGCAGUGGUUUCCACUUUACAAGUCAAACGGGAGACGAAGUGAUCGUGAAGAAGAGGAAACGCACGCUGUGUUCUUCGAUACCGCAAUGAUCACUUGGCUGCAGAUUGCGCAGGACCUACGCCUCUUUGGUGAUAUAGGAUUGGGAUCAGUUGAGCCCCCUGAUGCAGCAGCACUAAAGCGCUACGAUUCGCAGGUGUGGCAAAGGCGAAUCAGUCCGCCACCUGUGUCUAUUGGCGACCUUUGUGUGCACAUUAACUCGCUCGAAGGAUACCUAAAGUUACCACACCUUAGUGUUUGAAAGUGGCUUUGGGUCUGGUUUCUCAGGCCAACACGCGCCACAGACGAAGGAUUACAAGGUUUCCUACGUUGAUGAGAUCGUACCUUUUUCAUUAUGGUUCAAGACGGAAGAAAGCAAGACUUCAUCAUUUGGCAAAUAAGAAAAAAGAUUCAUCAAGUAUUUUUCGGACUUUCUUGUUGCGCUAACAUCCCUCUGGCUAAGAGAAUCGAA